ACUACAAAGACCAUCCAUCUCUCAUCUCAUUCGAGCUGGCGAUACAACUCGGCAGCUGUAGAACGGCACGUCCUACACGUGUACUACCCAUCUGUGUUGUCAUGUUUCGGGGUAACAUGACAUGGUCGAGGUGCCACAUAGAGCGUCAAGAGCCUCGUUACCAGAAUCUUUGCCGCCUAUUGCCCUUUUCUGUGCUUCGUUAAUCGAGAAACUCUCAGGAGUGUAACUCGGUUUGCUACAAUCGACUUUUGAUUAUCGAGCAGCACCCAACUUACAAAAAGGAGUCCGUAUCCAGUUUCACAUAUCAGAUGAGGAGUCGAACCUUUGCCGAUGAGUAAUCACAAUCGUGGCUGAAGCGUCCCUCCGCCCGCUAGCCGGUGUCAUAGCAAAGCAACGUUUAAUGAAUAGUAAUCAGAGUUCCUUUCAGCAGUCCCUCGGUACUCAUCUCAAUAAACUUCAGGACGGAGACGUUAUGUAACACUUCCGCAGGGGGAAGGGACUGAGUAAGCAAGUCAACAAAGACCACAUCUUUUCCUCUCGUUCCUCUCGUCUGCAUCAUGGUGAGCGAGCAUCCUCGACAAGUAUCGCACGCUACUCCGUCCCAUCAGUCACCCAUCUUGAAGAUUGCCCCCCCCCCCCUUUUGCAAGACGACCCCUCGCUUGAGUGAUAACAAUUACACGGCGACAAGAUACAGAAUAUCGUAGAGUGGCAAAGAAGUGUUCUGUCAAUCGAGAAACUUGAAAAGAGCCAUGGACAACCUGAGCCCCCGGCCCGCGCCGAGAUCGCGCAAAAGAAAGACAACAAGCCCCGGCAGUGGAAGUAGCGAAGACAUACUGAAGGACCGCCGAGAACGAAACCGUACGUCGCAGCAGGAGUUUCGGAAACGACGGCAGGCGGCAGAAGCGAGCCGGCGGCAACGAGUCCAGCGGCUCGAGAGCGUCGUCGAGGACAUGAGCGUCCUCUUCAUCGACCUGUUCGACCAGAUCCUCCGCGACGAACAAGUCGUCAAGCACUGCCCGCAACUCCUCGGCAUGUUCCAGAGCUCGGCGCGCCGGCUGAAGACGUUGGUAGAGCCCGUGACCGACGCCGAAGACGGAGACGUGGGCUCGACCGGCGAGCCUUUGGGGUUCAAGAUCUUGGAGGCGACGGCGGGGUACCGGCACGCGGAGGAGCGCGCCAAGGGCGGGCGUGCGAUGCCUGACCCGCGCAGCACCCUGAAUAAGGAUAACCAAGAUAAACCCUCGAACCCAACAACGGCCGUAACAAGGCCGCUAGGUCGUGAAAGAGACAUUGCCCCGUCUCUAAUGAUGACGGGCCUUGGCCAAUCAGUGUUUCCAAGAGUCACACCUCCGCCGGCGAACACGAUCAUAGAUACCUUUUCCCUUCAACUAUUGGAGACGACGCUGUCCCAGGCCUGUCUCGUGCUGGACGGCUAUCUGCCGGUACCGCCCGAAGAGGUCCAACGCAUCUUCGGCACCGCGCUUCAGUUUCAGACGCAAGAGCAAGUGCUGGACCACAUGCGCUGGUUGCUGGCGUCGGAUCUCGGCCAGAAGCAGGCCGCGGCAAGGAUGCCCUGGGGUGCCAUGUUUGAAGGCCAUCUUGAUACUCCUCAACAUGCGAUGCAGAGCCUAGGGCCAGGACUGGGUGCGAUUAGCCCGGUUCCGGCUUCAGACCAAGCGAACGCGGCUUAUUCCCCGCCGGGCUUCCUGACGGCCGUGGACAUCCAAGAGCGACUCCGGGAGCUGGGGGCGAGACAGUCGGGGCCGGAUACCCUAGAACUUCGCAUCAGCGGCGAGACGGGCAGUGGGACGAGCCCGGCCGAUCCAGGUCCUGAAAUUGAGCGCUCCAGUCCGCCAUCCACCGCCGGACUUGGAGGGGCGUUGAGUAGCCUCACCCUCCACGUCAAUGUCUCUCUUCUCCUCGUCAACCUCGUACAGUCGGCUACGUGCUUCAUUGCGGGGCCCGCCUACACUCAAAUCGGCUUUUCCAAGGCCGUGGAAAGGUCUGUGGUAUUACUCGAUGAUAGUGAUUUUUCUGCAUUGUCAAGCAACCCAUGACGCUCUUAGCACGUACCAGGUUGAGAUACUUGUAAGGAAGGAUUCUUCAAGAGUUGUUUUUCACCAAGGAUGCUUCAGUGGCGUUUGGGGACUGACUAGGUUGCUGUGUUGGACCAUUUAAAGUGUAUUCUUCGUGAUCAUCCGCCAUGAAAUGCAAAUGUAACUAGUCCUGAUAUAGUGAUAUUCCAUUCCCCCUUUUGGAUGUCC